AUGUCCACAACAGUCUGUCAGGUGAUGGGGUUCAUCGUGUCAUCGCUGGGCGUUGCGGGGUGCAUCGUGUCCACUGCCAUGGAUAUGUGGAGCACGCAGGACUUGUAUGACAACCCAGUCACGGCUGUCUUCCAAUAUCAGGGGCUGUGGAGGAGCUGCGUGAGGCAGAGCUCUGGCUUUACAGAGUGCCGGCCUUAUUUCACCAUUCUUGGGCUGCCAGCAAUGUUUCAGGCAGUGAGGGCCCUCAUGAUUGUGGGCAUUGUCCUGGGUAUCCUCGGCCUCCUGGUGUGCAUUUUUGCUCUGAAAUGCAUCCGUAUCGGCAGUAUGGAGGAUUCUGCAAAAGCCAACAUGACUCUGACCUCUGGCAUCAUGUUUAUUGUUGCUGGUCUGUGCGCCAUCACUGGAGUGUCUGUGUUUGCCAACAUGCUGGUCACAAACUUCUGGAUGUCCACUGCCAACAUGUACCAGGGAAUGCAGAACAUCCAGACGAGGUACACCUUUGGCUCAGCCUUGUUUGUUGGCUGGGUAGCGGGAGGCCUGGCCCUCAUAGGAGGCAUUAUGAUGUGCCUUGCUUGCAGAGGACUGGUUCCAGAAGAAUCCCAUUACAAGGCAGUGUCCUACAACGCGUCGGGACGGAACAUCUCCUACAGAACUGGGCCAUAUAAGGUUGGGUCUGGUUACGAACCUGAAGCGAAGACUAGAAAGGGUGCAGGGUAUGAAGAAGCUGCUCGAAGCGAGGACGGGAGACGCUCAUACCCUUCAAAAUAUGACUAUGUUUAG